UAUAUUUUAAAAUUCUAAUUCCGCUUCUGCAUGCCCUCAUCGAACGUGCUAACCUAAAUUCCAAGAAAAUCACAAAGUGCAAAAGUCGAACCCGUAAACCAACCAAUCAUAUCUUCCCAUUAAUAAUUGAAAGGUAGAUGAGAUUUAUUAAUGAUGUAAGUAGCCCAUCUCAAACUAGACCCCUCUUUCCAAGAAACACAAAAAUGGCUUCGCUCCCAUUGCUCACAAGAUUGAAGCUCCUCAUGUUCGACUUGAUAACAUACAUGAGCACACGCCGCGACGGCAGCGUCAACCAGCUCCUCUUCCGCCUCGUAGACUCCAAAACAUCGGCACCCGCCACCAAACGCAUCAACACCGUCCGCGUCUCCACCUCAGACAUCACAAUCGACCCCUCCCGCAACCUCUGGUUCCGCCUCUUCAACCCGGCCACGCCCACCUCCGAGCCGCUGCCCUUGAUCGUAUACUUCCACGGCGGCGGAUUCGCCAAUUACGCCCCAGACACCAAGCACUACAGCCACCUCUGCUGCCACCUAGCCGCCGGAACGCCUGCGGUCGUCGCGUCCGUCAACUACCGCCUCUGCCCCGACCACAAGUACCCUACCCAAUACGAGGAUGCCUUGGACGCGCUCAAAUUCAUCGAUGCCAAAUGCUCCGACGUUCUACCUGCCAACACCGACCUCGCCAGAUGUUUCAUCGGAGGCGACAGCGCAGGUGGCAACAUAGCUCAUCAUGUGACGGUGAGAUUUCUGGAGAAAAUGGAGCAAUUCGAUAAGAUGAGGAUCGCCGGAAUUAUAGGGCUGCAGCCCUUCUUCGGAGGCGAGGAACGGACGGAGUCGGAGGUGAGGCUGACGAAGGCACCGCUGCUUAGUGUGAAGCAAACGGAUGUGUAUUGGAGGGAUUUUUUGCCGGAUGGCGCGGACAGGAAUCACCCUGCGGCCCACGUGUUUGGCGGCGGCGGAGUGAAGAAUGUUGAAUAUCCGGCGAGUUUGGUGGUGGUGGGAGGGAAUGAUCCGCUGCAGGAUUGGGACACAAGGUACGCUGAGUGGUUGAAGGAUUGCGGGAAGCGGGUGGUGGUGGCUCACUAUCCCAAUGCCUUUCAUGGUUUCUAUGUGUUUCCUGAAAUGCCUGAGUUUGCUCUCUGCAUUCGUGAUGUCGCCAAUUUCGUCCGCCAACAACUACACUCCAACUGAAUUUCAACCUUACUAUAACAGAAUUUGUUAUUGAAAGAAAAUGCAAAUAGAAUGUAGUUGUUCGUGUAAGAGAAAAGUAUUGUGUUAUUUCAAACGUAGUUGUUUGAAUAAGAGAUUAAUGUUGUGUAUUGUGAUACAUGUAUGUAAGAACUGGGAUAGUAUCUGUGGGUUGUUAUGGUUGAUCAAAA